GUCCCGUUUUGAGUUAAUUUAACACCUUUUUGACGCUUUUUAACCGCCACACGGUUCCUCAAGGCGACUCGAAAGGAAAGUAAUGAGUGGAGAGGAAUCCAGAAGAGGCUCAUGGAGGGGAGGAGGAGGAGGCAGUAGUAGUAGUGGAGGAGGAGGAGGAGGUGCUCGUGGAGGAGGAUCAGGAAACGAGCCCUUAAGCAGCCAGAGAGUCCUUUGUCAGGCGACUCUGGACAGACUGUGUCCCUACAAGGGCUGGGCGCUCUACUUCACUGAAGGCUUCAUCGAGAGCUCUCCCAUUGUGGAGAAGAUCAAAGUGUUUGAGAAAUAUUUCACCUCCAAGAUUGAGCUGUAUGACAAGGAUGAGAUCGAGCGGCAGGGCAGUGUUCUGGUGGAUUACGCCGACUUGACUGUAAACGCCGCGGUGCGCGCCGCUCUACCGGACCUGCCCACGGAGCUGAAGGAACAGCCGGAGACCGUCCUCAACUGUCUGGGAUUGGCCGUCCACCAGGUGUUGACCGUUGAUUUGGAGCAGCAGGCCGCCGAGCUGCAGGGGGAGGAGCUUCCCGUCGCUCCGCCGAUCGUCAACAUCCCUCACGUCAGCGCGAGGCUCUACAACUACGAGCCGCUGAGCGCUCUGCGGACGCUGCGCGCCAGCGUGUUCGGCCGGCUGGUGGCCGUGAGGGGGACGGUGGUCCGCGUGAGCAACAUCCGCCCGCUGUGCACCCGCAUGGCCUUCAGGUGCCUGGGGGGCGGCGCGCACCUGCAGUCGCUGCCCCUGCAGCACGGGAAGUACGCCACACCUACCAAGUGCAUCCAGCCCGAUUGCCGCAGUCGUUCCUUCGCCCCGAUCCGGAACUCUCCUCUGACUCACACCGUCGACUUCCAGAUCAUCAAGGUGCAGGAGCUGAUCGGCGGGGAGCAGAGGGAGACCGGACGCAUCCCGCGCACCGUGGAGUGUCACCUGACCUCCGACCUCUGCGACAGCUGCGUCCCCGGAGACACGGUCACGGUGACCGGCAUCGUCAGGGUCACCAGCGACGGGACUUCCCGGGGGAACAAGGACCAGUGCGUGUUCCUCCUCUACAUCGACGCCACUUCAGUCAGCAACACUAAAGGUCAAAGGUCCAAGUUGGCUCAGGGGUCAGGGGGGUCGCUUGAAGACCGCUGUGGGGGGGAGGAGUUCACCCUGAAGGAGCUGUACGCCGUCCAGGAGAUCCAGUCCCAGCCGGACCUGCUGAGGCUCAUCGUGCACUCUUUGUGUCCCGUCAUCUACGGACAGCUGCUGGUGAAGGCCGCUCUGGCCCUGGUGUUGUUUGGAGGUCGACAGAAACACACGGACAAGAACAGCGUCCCGGUUCGGGGGGACCCCCACAUCCUGAUGGUGGGGGACCCCGGCGUGGGGAAGAGCCAGAUGCUGCAGGCGGUGUGUAACUUGGCUCCCAGAGGAAUCUAUGUGUGCGGCAACAGCACGAGCACCGCAGGUCUGACCGUGAGUUUAUCCCGAGACGCAGGAACCGGGGAUUUUGCUCUGGAGGCCGGAGCCUUGGUGCUGUCUGACCAAGGCCUGUGCUGCAUCGACGAGUUCGACAAGCUGGGCAACCAGCAGCAGGCGCUGAUGGAGGCCAUGGAGCAGCAGUCGGUGAGCCUGGCGAAGGCCGGCAUCGUGGCCUCGCUGCCCGCCAGGACGUCCGUGGUCGCCGCCGCCAACCCCGUCGGAGGACAUUACAACCGGAGCAAGACGGUGUCUGAAAAUCUGAAAAUGGGCUCGGCGAUUCUCUCCCGAUUCGACGUCGUCUUCCUCCUCCUGGACAUCCCGGACGAGUCUCACGACCGCCACCUGUCGGAGUACAUCAUGGCCAACCGGGCGGGGAAAGGCCGGACCAGCGGCUCCGUCGUCACGCGGGCCGGCAGCGACCUGGACACCUCCAUCCUGCUGGACCACUCGGACAUGCCGCUGUCUGAGCGGCUGCAGGUCCAAUCAGGCGAGACCGUCGACGUCAUCCCGGUGUGUCUGCUGAGGAAGUACAUCAGCUACGCCCGUCGGUACGUCCACCCCCGGCUCUCCCCCGAGGCGGCCCAGACGCUGAAGACCUUCUACCUGUCGCUGAGAGCUCAGGCGCACAGCGCCGACUCCACGCCCAUCACCACGCGGCAGCUGGAGUCUCUGAUCCGACUCACCGAGGCGAGAGCCAGGCUGGAGCUGCGGGAGACGGCCACCAAAGAAGACGCUGAGGAUGUGGUGGAGAUCAUGAAACACAGUCUGGCGGAUACAUAUUCAGAUGGUUUGGGCAAUCUGGACUUCCAGCGCUCUCAGCUGGGAUCGGGCAUGAGUCAGCGGGGCGCCGCCAAGAAGCUGAUCAACGCGCUGCACACGUACGCCCAGAGGACCAAUCAGACGCAGUUUGACCUCCAGACGCUUCGAUCCGUGGCCGCCCAGAUGAACAUCAAGGUGAUGGAUUUCGAAGGUCUCGUGAGCUCCCUGAACGAACAGGGCUUCCUGCUGAAGAAAGGAGCCAAGCUGUACCAGCUGCAGACCGUCUGACCCGCCCUGCAGGCCUCGCCACGAGGUCAGUGUCCAGGAUGAGUGGAACAAAAGGGGGUGGGGUCUCUUCUUUUUUUUUUACUCCUGUGUGACCUUUUGGAAGCGUUAACCACCACAACAAUGACUCGACCCUACUGGACAGCAACCACCGGUUCCUAAACGAGGAUAAACUUCCUCCCGAAAUGAGGAACGAAGAUCGACUCACUCCGGUGCACGUGUUUUCAAGAAAAUACAACCUCUCUCAUGACGCUGCGGGCCAAAGAUACCAGUAUCUUAUAUAAAUAUAUUUUAAAAAUAUAUGUGGUUCUUAACCAGUUCACUCCGUCAGGUACACUUUGCUUUCAGUGUACAUUUAUUUUUGCGCAACAGCGGCUGAAGAUGCAUUUUGUUUUUCAAAAAUUUUAAAGUACAGACUUUGAUGUGCUGAAUGUCCGAGAGAAGACUUAUAGUAGAUAAAUACUUUUAAAAUGACUAUAAUCUUAUAAAUAAAGCUGUUUAAUACGUUUUUUUCUCCACACGGGGUACUUUGUUCUAGAAAUACCUAUUUAUCUAUUUAUUUAUUUAUUUUUACGACAGUUCGAAAUGACUAUUUUAGAAGUCUCUGCUGUUUUAAUGUGUAUGAAGUGACCUGUUGCUAUAAGUAAACCUUCUCUGUUUGCUCGUAAAGGUUAGAUGUUCAGUUGCUUCCCGCGCGGCCCCUCUUUGUGGAGCAGUUCCCGUGUUGCGCCGCUCGAUAAAGAUUGACACCGCGACACCGUCGUCCGCUGGGAUCGUCUCUCCAACGCGGAGCAAUUACGAAGCGGGAAGCUCGUCCGAGAUUAAACUUUUUCGAUGUUCACGUCACCUUCCCUGCCGUUCAAGCAGACCUCUUUUUCAUGCAGUUUUAAGAUUCUAUUCUAUCGUUAUCGUAUAAUUAUAUUUUAUUCGGUAUCAAGAGUCUAGAAUUGGUACGUUGUCCUAAAAACAUGUACAGUAUUUGUUUCUCAUUAUUGUCUUUUAAGUGUUCUCAAAUGCUUUGUAUUGUCACCGGUUUCUGUUUACUUUUUGUAUGGUGUGCACUUUAUAAGUUAAUAUUAAACAUUUGGUGAAUACAUUA